GUAAAUCUACUAGAACAAUGCAAUUAUAUCUUAAAAAUAAACAUCAAAUUGAUUUAAAUGAAUUAAAAAAUAAAUCAACUAAAAAAAAGAAAUUUAUACAAGAAGAAUUUAUUAACAUAAUUACCGAUUGGAUAGUUGAUAAUGAUCAAUCAUUUAGAGUAAUUGAAAAACCUAGUUUUAAAAAAAUUAUUGAAUAUCUAAAUGAUGAUGCAAAACUUAUUUUAGCAAUUACUACUGAUAAUAUAGCUAAUAACAAUACAAUAUUUCAAUAUUUUGCCAAUCGUUGUGCUUAUGAUGGAAUUAAUUUUGAUAUAGAUAAUCAAAGA